AUGGAAAAGCAGGCCGACGUAGUGCACGCGUGCGUAGGGGAGCAAGAGAGGGUGCUCCCAAAAAAAAAGUACAGCAAUUUAGUGAAGAUAAGCAAACAGCAAAUUGAAGGACACGAAAAUAAAAAUGACUUGCUAUCAGAGAAGAAGGAAGAGAGGAGAGCUCUGGAGUUGUUCCCAAUGAUGAUGGAGGAAACACCUUCCCUUGAGUUGAAGAAGCUUCGAGAGGGUAUUAGCAAUUUUGAGGAUGGAGCAGACGACGUUAUGAUGAGUCUAUGCAUGAGCAAAACGCCAUGCAAAAGAUACGAUGAUGACAUAAUCUGUGAGGGAACCAAGUAUGUAAAAACAUAUAGCAGCAAGAAGAGAGUAUAUACACCUAGAAAAGUGAAGAACAAGGGGAAUUUAUUCCAGUUGGAAAAUGAGGAGAGAGACAACAAAGCGUCCUUGUUUGUCACCCCUAGAAGGAAGUACACAAAUAAGAGGAAGAUUAAUGAACUGUUGAAGGACCUUCAUUCUGAUCAGGUAGCCAACAGGAGUGUGACCAAGAGGAAGAAAAAAAAAAAGUCCGUGUAUGAUGAGUUGGUCUACUUGUAUACCCCCCGCAGGGAGAGAAGCAAGUUCGUCACAACCGGGAUGGACUCUGCCAGCAUAACCAAACUGGCCGAUUCGUCCAACCUGGUCGACCUAACCAAUGUAGCUGCCGCGGCAGAUAAGUGGCAAAUGCAGGAGUCGAACAUGCAGGAGCUGCCCGAUAACAUAAAGAACGAAUACAUCUCAUAUCUGUGUAGCCCCUUGAAGCGAAGUGAGCGACUAAUAAAAUCGAGGAUAAAUAAAAUGCUAAACGAAAACAUAGGACAGGAGAAGCAAGUAAACUCAGAUGAAACAGAAAGAGACAUGAACAGCAACAACACCACGUGCUACACGUCUAGCUACUCAGGUAUAUCAAGGAGUGAAUGUAUCCAUUGCGACUUUGAACCGGAAGAAGAAGAAAAAUGUUGGGACGAUUAUUACACACAAGGGAAUGAUAAGGUGAGGCCCUUCACAGGAAUAACCACGGAGCUAGCUGUGGAUAUGAUCACAGAAUUGUUGAAAGGAAAAAUUAGGAAAAUUGUUAUAGAUGAGAAGGAGUACUUUUCUCCCAUUACGGAAAAUGAUACGAUCAUGGAAGUAGGACAUGGGAAUCAUCCACUUGCUGUGCAGAUGCACGAAAAGUGGGGAACUGUUGGGAGGUAUAUAGGAGUGGAGUUCAGCGGAUUGGCUAGCAGGGAAGCUUUAAAAUGUGAAAAAUUGAAAAAUCUAUUUUUGAGGAGGAAAGUUGAAUUUGUCAAAAUAUUAAGCAUGAAAUAUUUUAAAGGGGAUUAUCUAAACGGCCUUGUAGUACAGUCUAACAUUUCUCCCUGUAAUACAAAAGCAGACUUUGUAAAAAUGAACAGCUUCAAGUAUAUCUUUGCGAAGAGUACCUUGGAUUAUAUUACUUGUCGAAUGGACAAUAUAGGAAAUAGUGGUGAUUGGGAAGAGGAUCUACAGAUAUCUCCUUCCGUCGUAGAUAUGUUUGACAGUUUAGCAGACUCGUUACAAAAUUGUAAAAACAGCAGCAACAGAUGUAACUCCUGUAUCAUUUUUGUAGAACCCAGUAAUUCCUCCAAAUUUCGGGAUCACAUUUUGACCAUAUUUAAGGCCAUUUAUACAGCCACGUUUAAAUACAGCAGUGCGGCAAAAUUUUUGCGCCUCAGUAAAAUCACGAAUAAUCAAAAGGCUUGUGGAUAUAUGAUUGAGAAGAGGAAUGAGGUGUAUCGGGAUUUUGAGGAAAUCAGACAGGACUUCCUCAAGCUCAUCAUUAAGGCAUCCGUCACGAAGAACGUGGAUGAGGUGGAUUGGUACCUCCCUAGUGAGGCACCCAAAAAAUGGGUCAGCAAUAACCCAGCGGAUAUCGAAUACCUCGUUAAGCUGGAUUGCCACAGCUUUUGA